AUGGGUAUAGCCUACGAGUCUAUAUGCCUACCUGGUGCGACAGUGGAUUCCGGAUUCGAUAAAAUUAAUGAAUUGCAAGCUGCUGAAGUUUUACUAUCACUGGCCAAAGGUUCAUGCUCGAACUGGUCAAUAUUUCCACAAAAUAAAUCAUCAGUAACCCAAAAUUUUUAUUGUUCCGAAUAUCAUCGAAAUAUGUUUAAAGAGUCAGUUAUACAAAAAACAGGAGAAAAUGAACCAAGGAGUAAAUCUCAAUCCUACUUAACAUCAUUAGAUAGAAAUUUACAUCGGAAUAUAAAAUUUAAACUUCAUCGGAUUAAAUCUUUAACUAAUAAGGAAUCACAAUCAUCAAUUAAUUUCGAUAAAUUGCAAAAGUUCCGGAAACUAUUCCUCAUCAAAAUGUCAAUAUCAAAUCCUUCUUUAGAAACAUCAAGCAAUGAACAGGUAUCUUUUUACAAUAAUCAAUCUUCUUUGAAUAAUUUAAACACUAAUUGGUCAAAUAAUCUACCUAUUAACACUGGUGAAUCUCACCUUCUAAUUAAGUCAUUUCAACAAAUCGAUGAAAAUCCUUCUGAUUCUAAGCAUAUUCCAUUGACUAGUCAAACAAAUCAAUGUACUACUGAUCAACAAUCUGAUAACCGAGUUACUUUUACUCUUUGGAAUGAUUGUGAACUUUCUUCUACAGCUUCUAAUUCUUUCAACUGUGAAAAUGAUAAUCACAAAAGUGUUGAACAACAAUACAUUUUGGAUCGAUUACUUCAUACCAACUCUGAUCUUACAACAUUACUGCAUUCAUCAUUAUCAUCAUCAACGACAACAAAUGAUACAUUUCGAUCAUCUAAUUCAGAUUCACAGCUUUUACGACAACCUAUCGAUGAAACAAUAACAUCAAGAAACCGUGACAGUUAUUUAUCAGUUAUUUCCAGCCCACCAUGCACUGAACAAUAUUGUACUAAUGUGAACCAAAAUUUCACUCCAACUGUAAUUAAUGAUAAUACAUCGAGUAUCAAAUUACAUGAUACAACAGCUGAUUUAAUAUUUUCAAAUGUGAACUGUUCAACUGUUUCAUAUUGUACUAUGAUGACAUCACCCAUUACUAAUACUAAUGAUACAAUCAUUACCAAUCUUACUCCCCCAGUGAGUAGUAAUACUAGUAAUCCUAAUAAUAAUAAUAAUGGCUCAGAAAGAGUGAAAUCUUAUCGAUGCAACUUUGAUGGUUGCACAAAAGCUUAUUUCAAAAGUUCUCAUCUUAAAGCUCAUAUCCGUGUUCAUACAGGUGAAAAACCAUAUAUUUGUGAUUGGAAUCAUUGUAAUCGAAAAUUUGCACGUUCCGAUGAAUUAUCCCGUCAUCGUAGAGCACAUACAGGUGAACGUAAUUUUAUUUGUCAACGUUGUCCACGACGAUUUACACGUAGUGAUCAUCUUAGUAAACAUUUACGGCGACAUAAUUCUCCAAUGACAUUAAAUAAAUUUUUAAAUAAAGUUAAAUAA